AAUUUCGCGAGGGCCCAAAUUGUUCUGGAAGACUGGAAGUUGGAUUGGAGAAGACACUCACCAGCUUCCUACUGAUGGGGAUGGCUCCUCCAUCAUCAUCCUUCUUCUUCAUCCUCACGCUGGUCUUCAUCUCUGUUCCACUAACCAAUUCGAUACCCUUUAUUGUUCUUCAUGGUAUUGGAGAUCAGUGCUCCAACCAUGGGGUGGCACAAUUUACUGAACUACUGUCCAAAUACUCUGGUGCUAAAGGAUAUUGCUUAGAGGUUGGUGAUGGAACAUGGGAUUCUUGGUUUAUGCCUCUGCAGGAGCAGACUGAUAUUGUUUGCAAAAAGGUGAAGGAAAAGAAAGAAUUGAGUGAAGGAUACAACAUUGUUGGGCUCUCUCAGGGUAACUUAAUUGGCCGAGGUGUUGUGGAGUUUUGUGAAGAAGCACCCCCUGUUAAAAACUUUAUAUCCUUAGGAGGCCCUCAUGCUGGUACUGCCUCAGUUCCUCUAUGUGGUUCAGGCAUCUUUUGCAUCCUUGCAGACGCACUCAUCAAGGCAGAGAUUUACAGUGAUUACAUUCAAGAACACUUGGCUCCUAGUGGUUAUCUCAAAUUACCAAAUGCUAUCCCCAAGUAUUUAGAGAAAUGUAGGUUUCUUCCUGUGCUGAAUAAUGAACUUCCAGAUGAGAGAAAUGCCACUUACAAGGAGAGAUUCAGUAGCUUGCAGAAUCUAGUGCUUAUAAUGUUUGAGCAUGACACCGUUUUGAUACCUAAGGAAACUGCCUGGUUUGGAUAUUACCCAGAUGGGUCCUUCAAUCCGGUCCUACCUCCCCAAAAGACAAAACUCUACAUUGAGGAUUGGAUUGGUUUAAGAAAGUUGGAUGAAGAAGGGAAGGUUCAAUUCGUUGGUGUGAAGGGAGGUCAUUUAGGAAUCUCCAGAGGGGAUAUGAAGAAAUAUGUGGCGCCAUAUCUGAAGGAACAGACGUCUUCAAGGAUGAGAGUUAGGCCUCAUUUGAGGUUGAGGAAGGAGCCAUGAUGAGCCACCCCAUUACCACUCCAUUGACGGCUGUGAGUUACAGUGAAAAGCAAUAUGCAGAGGGGAAGUAUUUUAAUCGUCAUAUUGAAACUGUGUUGAAAUUAAUAGCCCGUGAAUGUAUCAAACAAAGUCUAUUGAAGAAAACUGUGCAAAGUCAUUUGUGAUGAUGGAGAUUCUGUCUGAAACGGAGGGAAAUAAUCAGGGCAUUUCUCUCCCCACACACACACAAGCAAACUAAUGAUCUGACCAUCAGAAUAAAUGAAAAGUUUGGUCAAAAUUAACGAAAUGAAAUCAGUAAAGAAACAGUUGAAACCAAGAACCUGUUUGAAAAAUUA